AAACUCUGCUUAUCGAGGAGAAAGAUGGCGACCAAUGAUGAUGAUGCUAACAAAAGCGUCGAGGGUACGGAGGCAGGAGAGAAGAGAUGUUUUGAUCUUUUUGCGAUGUUGCUUCUCGCUUGCGGUGACGAUGAAACAAGAGCGAAACGAGGACAAGACGUGCAAAAGAGAAACAUGCUCAUGAUCGACACUAUUACUAAUGCUGCCACCAACACUUUCUUGCUAGGCAAGCGAAAGAUUGAUGAUGAGUCCAAGAAUCAACAACACAUUGCUUCUUCGAGUUUGGAAGAGUCAAAGAGGCGUCGUGUGGUGGAGUCUAACGACGAACCCAUCAGAGCAGAACCUAUUAGAGAAAUUAAGCCUCCGGUUAAGGAAAGAAAGCGACCGGUUAAAAGAAAGGCGCCAGUCAGAAAGGAACCGGUUAGAAGAGAACCACCGGUGGUGACUCCGGGAUGGGUGGUUGACCUAAUGAAGACAUUCAAAGGUCGUGAGGGGGAUGCGAAGAUGAUAUUUGAGAAGGCGAUGACGAAGACAGAUGUCACAACAAACGAAGGACGUCUCUUGAUGCCCUUUAACCAAAUGGCUGAUAUGCACUUUUUGACCGAGGCGGAGUGGAAGAUCCUAGAGGAGCAUCACAAACACAAGAGAGAUGUUAAAAAAGGAGUUAACGUUGAUGAGAAAAGAAAAGGAGUUGAUGUCAUCUUGUUGCGUCGUAAUGGUAAUAACAAGGGAUGGGAGCUUAACCUGAGGAUAUGGGAGAUGAGGUCUAGUUUCAACUACGCCUUGUGUACUGGUUGGAACCAGCUCGUCCGCGAUAACGGCCUCCACACGAACCAGACUAUUACCCUCUGGUCCUUCCAUUCCCGUGAUGGCACUCUCUACUUUGCUUUCGAUCUUCCCACUCAAGAUGAACAAGGUAUGGCUCUAGCUCUGGUUCCAGUUACAUCUUCAUCCAUGGAUAUGGUUGAAAUCUCUGAGGAGAAUCCGUUUGCGUGUGAAGAGGCAAACAGGAGACUUUAUCAAUUUAUAAGGAGUAGCAGAACUCCUCGCGUUUGUGUUCAAAUCAUAACAAAUGAUUCUUCUGGCAACCUCAACCUACUCGAGGGUGGUUUGGAUCUAAACAGAACACCACCUGAAGAGUGCACUGAGAUGGAUUCUGAUCUCGAGGCUGUACAAGAGACGACCUCACAGGAAUCCCUCACUGAGACCUCACUAGUAUCCUGGAGGUUCCUCAUAGAAACAGCUGUGCUCUAUGUGACUUAAAUCUUUGUAUUAUUCUAAACCCUAGCUCUCUA